AUGUCUUCUACCAAACCAAACCCUGAAGUCGCUUGCAUCUCGUCUUCGGAUGUGUACGAGUCAGUCAAGUCAGCGAUCUCGGAAGAUUCACUCUCUCUUCGCAGUUCCCCUUCUUCUGUGAACGAUUGCAUGGAUGUGGGUGAUCCUUUGAGUGGAGGAGAGGAUUCUGAUGUGGUGCUUUUCGCCAAUCGAAUCCCCAUUCCUCGCAAUUUCGAAUACAAGACGGACGAGUACGAAGCAGACCAAGAGUCAAACGUCAACUUUGACGACUCUGCUACAGACACGUCCCACGAUGAACCCAACGUGUCUGGGAACUCUCAGUCGAACCUUCGUCGGGCUCCUAUCUGGGUUCCCUCUCGCCUUAGGGACAUGCAGCUUGAGACGGACGAAGAAAAUGAGGCCGGCAGUGAGGACUGCGGCAUGACUAGCUCUGAGUCAUUCGGAUUUACUUUUAGCCCCGAAGAAGAGGACCAGGAAGACGCCGAGACUGAGGCAAUGUUCGAGGCAAACCGUACUGAUCUGUUUGUCAAGAUGAUGUUUGUCUCUGGAGAGACUGCCGAGCCGUCUGUUGAGACGACCACUCUGAUUGAAGAAAUCACGCGCCAGCAAGUCAUUGAAAUCCUCACGCGCAGCACCAGUCUGGCGACUCGUCGUGGAGUGCGCUCGAUCUCGACCGACGACCUGAUCUUCCUGAUCCGCCAUGACAAGGCCAAGGUCUCUCGUCUCCGGACUUUUUUGUCCUGGAAGGAUGUCCGCAAGAAUGUGAAGGACUCGGACGACAAAGGUGGCGGCGACGCAGCCGAUUUCGCAGCUGCUGACGACGCGGCUGGGGUUGUUGCCGGCCCGCAGGAUGUCGCCUCGAAGCCGAAGAACAAGCGGGCCAAGGUCGGACUUGCCUGGGAUGUCAACAGCUUCUACUCGAUCCAGGUCCCGGAGCGCGAGGACGAAGAGGACGAGGAAGAAGAAGAACAGAACUACGCCACCUUGCAGCGACUUGCCGCCGCCGACGAGCGCACCCGGCACAUGACCAAGGAGGAAUACGUGUUCUGGUCCGAGUGCCGCCAGGCCUCCUUUACCUACCGCAAGAGCAAGCGGUUCCGCGAGUGGGCUGGGUUCGGCGUGGUCACCGAAUCCAAGCCGAACGACGACAUCGUGGACAUACUCGGGUUCUUGACCUUCGAGAUCGUCCAGACCCUCACCGAGGAGGCGCUGAAGGUCAAGGACCGCGAGGACCACGAGAAGCGUGGUGGCGGCGCCGACAACGGCGAAACCGCCAAGAAGCGCAAGCGGGAGACCGGCCUGUUCGACCCGCCCGAGGAGGGCCACACCCCGAUCGAGCCGCGACACGUCCGCGAGGCCUACCGCAAGCUGCAGGCGACGCCCAACAAGGCGGUCGCCAUGCUCCUCCACAAUGGCCGGGUGCCCGCCCGUCUGCCACUGAGGCUGAUUUAA